GCGAUCAACUCUGUCUUUGUUUUGAGCAGCAGCAGCAGCAGCAGCAGCAGCAGCUAUGGUGAACGUCAGAUUCUACCGCAACUAUGGGAAAACAUUCAAGAAGCCACGUCGUCCUUAUGAGAAAGAGCGUCUUGAUGCUGAGCUAAAGCUUGUAGGAGAAUACGGUCUUCGUUGUAAGAGAGAGCUUUGGAGAGUUCAAUAUACACUUAGCCGAAUCCGUAAUGCUGCAAGAGAACUUUUAACACUUGAUGAGAAGAACCCUCGUCGUAUCUUUGAAGGUGAAGCUCUUCUAAGGAGAAUGAAUCGAUAUGGUCUUCUUGAUGAAAGCCAGAACAAGCUUGAUUAUGUUCUUGCUUUGACUGUUGAGAAUUUCCUUGAACGUCGUCUUCAAACUAUUGUCUUUAAGUCUGGUAUGGCUAAGUCUAUUCACCACGCUCGUGUCCUUAUCCGACAAAGGCACAUCAGGGUUGGGAGGCAACUUGUGAACAUUCCAUCGUUCAUGGUGAGAGUAGAGUCGCAGAAGCACGUAGACUUUUCUCUAACCAGCCCAUUUGGUGGUGGUCGACCUGGAAGAGUAAAGAGAAGGAACGAGAGAGCCGGAGCUAAGAAAGCUUCUGGUGGUGAUGGAGAUGAGGAUGAUGAAGAGUGAAAAGUACCAAACCCCUAAAAAAUCCUCAAGCUAAAAUACUACCGAAACCUACCAAAAUGCUUUUAGUUAAUAAUAGUUUGGUUUUGUUACCUCCUUUUGUGAGAUCUUUGGUUUGUUAGUUUUCUUUCUUAGUAGAAGAAGUGAAGUGUGUUGGUUUGGUGAUGCGUUUAGUUUUUAUGUAGUGGACCUUUGUGUUCUUAAACCAUGUCACUUUCGAAUCUUGCUUCUUACAAGAUAGUAGUAGCUGAUAUUAUUAUGUCCGGUGACUUUGCUUACAAGCAAAAAGCUUAAUCAAUAAAGUAGUUUAGUUAUA